AUUUGGAGUGUAAACUGUGGAAAAGUGUUUCGUCGGUUCGGAAUAAUCGGUUUUCGGUGUUGGUUGACCUUUUCGCGUACGCUGAGUUGGCGAAAAUUCCAGUGAAAGAAUUGCAUUUUUUUUCUUCCUUGCACCCUAUCAUGUAAAUUCGAUGAUGGCUACUUGGAUGUGAUGGCUGAAGUUUUUCAUUUUUUGACGUUUCAAUCGUUGGAGGAAUUUUCCACUUGAUAAGACGUGAUUACCGAUCGCUUUGUGAAUGUCGAGGAUUUUCCAGUUAUUUUGCAAUUGAAUAGUGAUUUCUCCAUUUUAUGUGCUAUUAGCAGCCAAGGUACAAUUUUCUGCUUCGCAUAUCGGAAAAAAUGAAGUAGCUGUGUGUAUUCGUGUUUUCUGAUUCUCAAAGCUACGCCGAAUGAAGUGUUGUCCGACGAUUGUGCUCAGUGAGGAAGAAAUGGUUACACAACAUCGCCAUCUCCAUGGAAUUUGAGUCUGCUUCGGUACCCGGAUGAAAAAUCCACAGCCAACAUGAAGAGAAUCAAGUGAUUGCGCUCAAGUGGAACCGUCAAGCGACUAUUAAAACAUCAAAAACUACUGAAAAAUAGGAAGGAAAAGAACCUUCAAAAUAGUGAGUCAUUUCGAAUAUUGAUUUUGAAAGGAGGUAAGACAAGUACAUACUUCCAAACGUGUUAGUGCAACCAACCAUCAGUCGAAAAUUUCUGUCGCGUAAUUUUGUGUCGAGAAAAAUUAAGGGAAAUCCCAGAAGAGAAGUGAACACCGGUUGUUGGAAGAGGCAGCAGCAGCAGCUGCUAUAGCAGUCGUGUCGCCUUCCGGCGCUUGUGCUGUCACUAGACAGCUGGAAAAACAGUCACGCCUGCAAUAGAAGAGUGCCUCUGUGCAGUAGAAAAACCAACCCAAAGUGCUACACGUCACACUUCACGUUCGCUGCAAGUGGAGCACGUGGUUGUGAAAUCAUAGGAUUUUGAAAGGGAAAUAAUGUACGCAUUGUCCCUGGUGUGUAUGCUGUGAAGUAGUGUGUGACGACCACCACUAACUGUUUUGAGUAACACAAGUUUUGCUGAAGGGAAGUGAAACAUCAGGAAGAUAUCGACCGCACGGAACGGAACUCCUGGAGAACAUGGAAGGUUCUGGCGAUGGAUCACCACAAUCGUCGAUGUGCAUGGUGAAGGCGGCUGAGCUCUUUCCGAAGCCAGUGCUCGAGAAGGAAGAAGAUAAAUUAUCCGUACGCUUCGCCGAAUUGGCCGGUGAAUCUGUCAAAUAUCUCGGUCAAACCGACGACGGUGUACUAGCACUGUCCAACUACCGAUUGUUCCUGCUUAAAAACUCAACCGGAGCGGAGACUUCCGUUCCACUAGGGUUAAUAGAGUCCACACAGGUUCGCGACCUGUUUCAUCUGAUCGUCAACUGCAAGGAUGCCAGCACAGUAAAAUGCUCCUUCCUAACAUCGGAACAGUGCUCCGAAUGGCAGCGACGGAUAUCGCUCUCGAUCGGUGUCCCCGAGACGCUCGAAUCACUGUUCGCCUUUCCAUUCCACGCGUGGGCCUCGGAAUCGCCGACGCUCAACCAGGAUAACGAAUGGUACGGUCGGUUGCAACGUGUCGGAAACUACGACGAUGAUUUCCGGAAAGAGGUCGACCGGUUGCAGUUUGAUCUGCAGGGCGCUUGGCGAAUUAGUCAUGUCAACGCAGAGUUCAAACUGUGUCCUUCAUAUCCUAGACUGUUGCUAGUACCGGCGUGCAUAUCGGACGACACACUGCAGAAUGUAGCCAGUUUCCGAAGUUCGCGACGAAUCCCAGCCGUUGUUUGGAGACACGAGCGAACCGGAGCGGUGAUCGCCCGUUGCAGCCAGCCGGAGGUCGGUUGGCUUGGCUGGAGAAACUCCAAAGAUGAACAACUGCUGAAAGCUCUCUCCGAUGCUUGUGCGUUCGAUCGUGGUACUCAGGGUUCGCGAACGCGACACAACUCAACGGCAUCCAGCGAAAGCAGUCCACCUAGUCCCGAGGGAAGCCACGAAGAGGUGGACAUGGAUGAACCCAAAAAGAUCCUGAUUGUCGAUGCACGAUCAUAUACUUCGGCAGUAACGAACCGUGCCCGAGGAGGCGGCUGUGAAUGCCCCGAGUACUACCCAAGUGCGGAGAUUCAGUUCAUGAGCCUUGGAAAUAUUCACGUAAUUCGUAAAAGUUUCCAUGCUCUGCGACAGCUCUGCUCUUCGCAGUCCGAUAUACCAAAUUGGUUAAGUCUUCUGGAGCGUACAAUGUGGCUUCAACACAUGUCAGGACUGCUGGCCGCUUCAAUGGUCGUAUGUCAUGCAAUCGAACGAAGUGGGCGUCCCGUACUAGUACACUGUUCCGACGGAUGGGACCGCACUCCUCAGAUCGUAGCAACUGCUCAGCUUUGCCUGGAUCCAUACUACCGUACGAUCGAAGGUUUCCGGGUUCUGGUGGAGCGAGAAUGGCUAAGUUUUGGACACAAAUUUGCCGAUCGUUGUGGGCAUGGGCCAGGCUCCGACGAAACCAACGAACGUUGCCCGGUAUUCCUACAGUGGUUAGAUUGUGUUCAUCAAAUCCACCAACAAUUUCCAUGUAGUUUUGAGUUCGACAUGGGUUACCUGAUCAAACUGGCCCAGCAUUCUCACUCUUGCUUGUUCGGAUCUUUCUUGUGCAACACGGUGAAAGAACGGCUGGAGAACAGCGUUCCUGAUCGAACCUUCUCCGUUUGGCCCUUCAUCUCUGGGCCAAUGUACAAGAAUCACCUGUAUGUGCCGAACAGGGAACGAGUUCUCUGGCCUGCACACAGUGUGCGAGAUUUGAGACUGUGGACUGAAGUUUACCUGGGCAGUUGGGGUGGGAACCAAAGCUCGGCGGACUAUCCUGUGAAUGGUGACGGUGUUGGCGGGCAGGAACUUGGUGGCUCAAUGACAAAAACCCGUUCCUACGGAGAUCUUAUGACCGGAGUGAACGCAGGUGGAUUAACCAGGAGAUCGAGCGACCCUAACAUGACCGUCGAUUCUAGUAUUCUUGCCGGAUCGCUAAACCUAUCCGCGGAGAACUCGAUCGAUUCGAACCUGUCGUCGGAUCGGGAAAUAUCACCCGAUCUGAUAGACCACCACACUAGCUCGCUUGCGAUGAUCCAGCACACUACCCAGAAGCUGCAAAGUCUAACUCAGGAGCUGAACCAGUCCGACGAGGAACUGGAACAAAACAUCAAAAACACGAAACGGGGUCCGAUCGACCAGUGUUCGUCGAUCGCCAGCGAAAUUAUUGCGUCUAGUCUUUUUAUUAAUGGAAAUAGUGAUAGUUACAAUUUUAAGCCAAUUGUUCCUGAACAGCCAACCGCGACUGUCGUUCCUCAGUCGAGCACACCACCCCCGGCGAUCCAAAGGCAUCAUCUGGUGGACGAGAUCGACGAGAACACAUCACGGAUUGUCAAAAUCGAGAGCUAUCUUGAUGAUGUGGCCGAUGGACGACGCAACGCAGUUCGGGUCGCCAAACCAAUUCCCGCUACCGACGUGAUCGGUCUCGGUUCGACUGAUAUGAUGGAGAGUGUAGACUUGAGCGGAAAAUCCCCUUCGCCACCACCGACGGUAGCGCCAUCGCCUCAGCACACCGGUGCAAAUCUGUGGCAUGGUUCGGUUGAAACUAGCACCGACACGUUGGUUCCUCUCGAUCAGUAUCCGUCGCCGAAACGUAUCAACAAGCUCAGCGAAGGUAGCCUGGAAUCGGACUUCGUUGACGGGGCGGCGGCAGACACCGAUACCGCACCGGGAUCGACCGAGUCUACGGAUGACGGUGGGAUCGCCGAUGUGGUCACGACAAGCAUCAGCCUGGAGGAUAGUAUUAGUUUAGACCUAGCUAGUAGCAACGGUAGACAUGACCACCACAAAGACUUGAAUGUUAGUAAUGGAAGCGAUUUUACGACUAGUACUAUUGCUGCCACUCAGACUGGUGAUAGUAACGGAUGUGAUCUAUUUAGUGAUAGUAAGGAUUAUGAUAGGAAAAAUUACAAUCAUGGUAUAACCAGGAACGAAACUAAUCAAAAUUCUAUACCAAAAGAACAAGUCGAUAGUCGGUUAAGAAAUGUCCUCCCAGAUGCGCAAAACGGUGGGAUUCGAACUACUCCCAGUUCCAUGUCUACACAACCACCAGCACUCGCAAACGGUGCGGAGAGCAAGAAAAUGAAAUGUUUGAACCUGAUGGAUGAGAGUAUCAUCAUUCAGCCACAGUUUCAACAGCUGGAAAUCAACGGAAAGCAUCCGACGGAAACCAGUCCAAUAGUGUACUCUCAGCAUCAGCAUGGUCCUUACCAAUAUCACCACCAUCAUCAUAGUCAGAUGAGUCACAAUGUAGGCAGUCAACAAGCUCAGCAACAGCAUCAACCGCCUAUCACGGCAUACCACUAUCAACCACAAAAUCAGCGACGGAGACGCAACUCGUCCAACUCGAAGAACGACAUGAGCCCCAAUAAACCUACCAAUGGAAGUAUAUCCCCAAGUGCCACAAACUCUCGCUUCUCGACGCCGGGUGCGCGCUCACUGCCACUGACGCCGCCGAGCGUGCCGUUUUCCACCGAGCGUCCACCGGUAGCCGCCCUUUCUUGUCCGGAUGGUUUGGCCCAUGCACUGUCGGAGCAAAACCUACGAUUGCAGCAAAUCGUCUACGAGCACAGGCUCCGCGAAGAAGCUUUGCAGCGGGAGCUGUACGCGACCCGACUAGCCCUGCUGAAGAAAACCUGCCACAACUGCAACAAUCAGCAGUACGGUAACGAUGAUCCGACAUCCAUGGUCGAUUCGAUCAUAGAAAAUGCUUCAAAUUGUUCUUGGGAGGCAGUGGACGAUCGCAGCGCUCCGUCUUCGGGGGCCAAUUCAUCCCAGCAAAUUACCAGUAGCGUUCUGUGGGUACCAGACCAUGCCGUAUCUCGGUGCACUACCUGUCAGAUAGAGUUUUGGCUCGGACGGCGGAAGCAUCACUGUCGCUCAUGUGGACAAAUAUACUGCGCAGAUUGCUCCGAAUAUUGGGCACCACUUCCGGAUGAAAAACUUUUUCAACCGGUUAGAUUGUGCGGUCCUUGCUACCAAAAUGUCGGUGGAAAAAUGGUUAGCAGCAGUCUUCAACCAACAACAAGCGGUAGCGUAAUUGUAAAUAAUAGCAGCAGCAACAACCAGCAUGGCAAUUGCAUAAACGGAAGUGUCCUAAUAACUACCAAGCAGCACAACGGAUCCUCACCAUCAUCAUCUGCAGCGGUUACUCAUGAAGCAAACAAUAAUAGUGUUACGGUUGCACUGAUGAGUUCGAUCAAUACCACCACAGCAAGUGGCAUAGAAAACUGCAAGCACACCAGCAACUCAAUCGCCAGCACAUCUUGCAGCGCUAGCGCCAACAGCAACUCCGAGCGGGGGACUUGCAAAGCUACCACAGCCACCAACUAGAAUCACCGUACUGUUUUACCUCGUCCCAUGUAAGUCCUGUUGUUUAUUUUGUUUAUUUUACUAUUUAUACAUUAUUUGUUCUGUAGUUCGUUUUAUUUUUUUUGGUCAUUCGAUAUCAUUUUUAUUUAAAACAUUAUUUUAUCUUACGAUUUUUUCUUACCGAAUGAGGGUUACUUGAGAAAAUAUUAUUGUCAAUAGAUGUUACGUUACGAGAGAUACAAUGCAUCAUUCACAAUUCUCACAUAAAUGAAGAUAAAACAUAUGAAAAGUUUAAUGUACUAUUACAGAUGAUGCUUUUCUGCAAAAAAGAGAUAUAUGAAAUGUUACAAAUGGUAUAAUAUUGAUAUAAACGUCAGCAAAGCUAAAUUUCAGAGGAAAGCAAACGAAUCGUUUAGAAGCAUACGCACUAGAACAAGAGGAAAAACUAUUAAACACACACACAAUUGUAUACAGGCAAAACAUAAUUAGUAGUAUAUAAAUUCAAUGAGUGAAUACUAACCUGUAAGAGGAAAA